CACUCACGAGUAAAAGCUCCACCUUUGGAAUAAACCCGAGGCGGCAUCUGUGCGCUGCUGCCUGCAGGGACAUCCAGGACGCGCUGCGGUGCGCUGCGGUGCGCUGCGGACUUCUUUUUUCUUUAUUCUUUUUCCCUUGACUAUGAUUUAUUUGAUUUCCUGCUCUGUGACUGAUGAAGAGCUCCGUCCUAGGCUAAAACAAACAAGCACUCUCCCGGUGUGUGUUUGCUGUCGCUCUCGUUAGUAUGACACACUGGUGAGUGUGGAGAGGACAGGAUGCCCGCCAGCAGCGCCGACUCGCUGAAGCCCAGCGCCUUCAUCCCGGUGUGCACCGCUGCCUCCCUCCUGGUCGGCUCUACCUCCCUGUUCUUCGUCUUCACAUGCCCAUGGCUGGCUGUGACCAUCUGCCCUGCUGUGCCACCAUGCUGUGCCAUCCUCUUCCUUUUUGUGCUGGCCAACUUCACCAUGGCAACCUUUAUGGAUGCCGGUGUUCUCCCAGUGGCUAAAGGGGAUGAGGACAAGGAUGAUGACUUCCGUGCUCCACUCUACAAGAACGUGCAUGUGAAGGGUGUCCAGGUGCGGAUGAAGUGGUGCACUUCGUGUCAUUUCUACAGACCUCCACGAUGCUCGCACUGCAGUGUUUGUGAUCACUGUGUGGAGGACUUUGACCAUCACUGCCCCUGGGUGAACAACUGCAUCGGGAGGCGCAACUAUCGCUACUUCUUUUUGUUUCUGCUGUCGCUGACAUUUCACAUGAUCAGCGUCUUCACCUUUGGCCUUAUAUACAUCCUGCACUACAGGGAUGAUCUGUGGAAGCUGCACUGCACUGUCACUUUGGUAGUGAUCAGUAUAUCAGGUCUGUUUCUUAUCCCAGUCCUCGGACUCACUGGAUUCCACUUGUACCUGGUGUCCAGAGGGCGCACCACAAAUGAACAGGUGACUGGGAAGUUUCAAGGUGGAAGAAAUCCUUUUACACGAGGUUGUUGUGACAACCUGGAGUAUCUGGUUUGCAGUCCCAUCUCUCCAAAGUACACAGCAAGGCCCUAUAAGAAAACAGUGAUCCAUGUUCAACCUCCGUUCCUGAGACCAGUAAUCGACAGGCAGAUACCAGUGAAAGUCAGUGACAAUGGGCGAACCUCGACCGGAGCUGUUGAGCCGUCAGACAUCAAACAAGUGAAAACACCACCACCACUGCCGCCAAAACCAGAUCAUGGUCUGCUGAAGCACAAACUAGCUGCCAUGAAUGAGAUGGGACACCAUACCAAAUCCAUCAAUCCUGUAUCCAUUCCCACCGUGCCACAGCUGCGACCGGUCCUGGAGGCCAUAUCCAGAGGAUCAUCACCCAUACCUCCAGAGCAGUUGCUGAAGAUGUCAGAGCAGCAAGGGAACAACAAAGGUCCUGACCUGUGCUCUGAGUUCAAAGAAAGCCCAGUGGGAGGCAGUGAGCAGGGGGGCCUGUCUGUCCAGCCUUCCCUCCAGACCAACAGCUCACUGCAGCUCAACUCUAUGACACUCAACUCUCGCUCUCUCACCCUAAAACAGGGCAUCAUCUCUUCCUCCAUCCGGGUGGCCAGCCACAGCAGCAGCAAAUUCUCUUAUGAUAGCAUCAUAAACACUGUAGAUCCUCAGUUCCUAGCUCAGAGAGGGCCCCCUCAAGCCAGCUACCGCUUUAUGACCCUGAGCACAGAUGGGACUGUGGUGCAGAGGCCCCCUCCUCACACCUACAAUCCUGUGUUUAGGGGUGCCAACAGACAGCCUCCGCAACCUUCUUUGCAGGGUCUCACUUCAAGGGAUCCCUCAUCCUCCUUUCAAGGUUUCAGUCAGAGAGACCAUUCUCCUCCUUUUCCAAGGCUGAUGCCAAGAGACCUUGCAUCCCAAAGCAUAACAUCACAAGACCUCACCCCUCCAGUUCUGGCUAGGCGAGAUAUGACUUGUCAAAGUGUUCGGGACAGCCUUCGUGAUCUCGGUCCACAGGGUUUGACGCCUCAUAUGUCUGCUGCUGCAUGCUAUGACAAUUUUUCAAAAACCAUGAUGGCAUCUGUCCACAAGCGACAGGAGAUGGAGGAGAGGGACAGGAUGCUACACCUCCAAGCCAGAUCCCAGAUGCUCUAUGGCCCAGAUGUGGGGAUUUAUGACAUCCCCAGCAGGCGAAGUCUGCCACCAGACAAUAUCCAACCUCCGGCCUGCCGUGGACCAACUCCACCAGCCUACGGCUCUAGGGAGUUUCUGAUGAGUACAGGCAUCCAUGGUUAUGGCACGAGGACCUCGCCUCUUUCCAGCUCCUCCACAUUGUCUCUGACUCGAGGCCCAAAAACCUCCAGCUCCCCUCUGCAGAGCAGCAGCAGCAGCCUGCAAGGCAAGGACAGGCCUUCCUCUCCAACUUACCACCCUUCCGAGAGACAGCCCCAGCUCCUUCUUUCUUCUACAUCCACCCUGCCUCGAAUACCCUCCUCCUCCACCUCCUAUACUCCCCCUAUGCCACCUAUACCGCUGCAAAGCGAUCCUCGCUCACACAGUCCUCUGAGGGGAAGGACUCUGGGAGCCCUGAAAUAAAGGAGAAAAACACUCCUGGUUUCUGAUGGUGUGAAUGAAUCAUCUAUGCAGUGAUAGUCUCAGUCUUCACAGCUCCAAAUCACAUUGUAAAUAAGAGGCCAUUUGAGACUUUGCUGUGUGGGAGGGUGUAUGAGAAACAAAUACAACAGUGAAGAAUAAACUUAGGGGUAUAAGUAUGUAAUUCGCAAUAUAGGUUUGACCAAAUCUGAAACACAGUGAUUCUCAGGAUAGUUGUGCUUCCUCUCCCAAAUGAGUGAGCACUAUAAACUCAGUCAAAGCAGAUGAGCUAACUGAAUAAUUAAUGUACUAGUUUGUAGGUGUUUUGAUAUUGCUUUUAUGAAACAAUGUAAUACAGUGUUAUCUAUUUUGUCUCCCCGUGCGAAACCCCCCCCCCAAUUUUUAUUACAUUUUCGUAGUACUUUAUAUGAAUAAACUUAUUUAGUGAUUUUUAUUUCUGUUCUUUUUCAGCAUAAAGGGCUAUCAAUGAAAUAUAAAUAUACAUUUUGAAAUGAAACAGUAAAUUAGUCUUUACAUAUUUAAAGCAAAAAAAAAAAAAAGGUGUUUUACUGCUUGUUUAUCCAUUUUGCCUGAAAGUUAUUGUACGUGCACUAGAUUUAUUUUCAAAUCAAAAAAUCAUUUUGGUUCACAGCUCAACAGAUGACAUGUUUAAUAGAGUGUCAAAAUACAUUUUAAUAUGUCCAUUCACUUCCUUAUUGAGCUGCCACAAUUCAUAAAUGCCUAUGUUUGUAUAGCAGUGAUGAUAGUGUUUCUGUUGUAUUACCUCUAAUGGGGGGUUUAGUUAAAUGCAGCUGUGUGGAAGAAUGAAUUGAUAGGGCAGUUUUUGCAUUUAAUUUGUAUAUGGCACCCUCUAGUGAACAGUUUCAAAAGGGUGGUGUAACGCCGGUGACGCGGGUGACACCAGUAGAUGCUGCUAUUGUAUGCACAGUCUAGAAAAUGUCAUUAAUGUCAAGGACUAAGCAAUGUAAGACAGAAAAAAAGUACCUGUGUUAGUUGGCUUUUCAUGUUUCAGAUGGGUCAGAUGAGAAAACUAGUGAGAUAUUUUGUAUUUUACUUUUUGAGACUGCAUCAUAAAUCUUUUCUGGCUGACCUUCAGUCUGGGACAAGAUUAUAAGUCAAUCAGAGUCUUUGUGGCAGAAUUAUCUCUAAUAACAGGAACUUUUACCACCGUGAGCUGUGAUAGACAGUCACGUUUUUGU